AGAGGCGCUGAAACGGAGAGGGUUGAUAGCAGUGGCCAUUUUGUAAAGCUGGUCCCUCGCGUUAUACUUGUACGUAGGUAUUAUCUGACGCGUAAUUGUUGUCAAAUUAUAGAUAUAUUCGUGAUUCAAGUUAAUUAAGAGGCUAUUCAAAGAUGGGACGCAAAAAGAAGAAGCAGUCCAGACCCUGGUGCUGGUACUGUAACCGCGAAUUUGAUGACGAAAAGAUUCUGAUACAACACCAAAAGGCCAAACAUUUCAAGUGUCACAUAUGCCAUAAAAAACUGUACACCGGCCCUGGUCUUAGCAUACACUGCAUGCAGGUUCAUAAAGAGGCUAUAGACAAAGUACCAAAUUCUCUACCAAAUCGGAGUAAUAUCGAGAUAGAGAUAUAUGGAAUGGAGGGUAUUCCGCCAAAUGAUGCCAAAGAGCAUGAAAGACAGAGGAAUGGGGGUCGACCAGGUUCGCCAAGUUCUGGGGAAGAUGAACCUGCUCCUAAAAAGUCAAAGCCGGAGGGUUUGCUAGGUUCUGCACCUGGUGCUGUUCCUACAGGCUCUAGUAUGAUGUCAGGAGUUAUGCCGGGACUCCCUACCCACCAUGGAAUGCCUCCACACAUGGGGCAGUUCCCACCACACAUGCAUCAAAUGAUGGGGCCCAUGGGACCUGUAGGUCCACCAUUCAUGGGACCUGGUAUGAUGCAGGGGAUGCCGGGUAUGCCGCCAGGAAUGCAGCCGCCGGUUUCUGGAGCAUCUAUGCCAUCUAGGCCGCUAUUUCCAAGCGUUGUUUCAACAGCAACGUCGACAGCUCCUGGAUCCAUGCCCCUGGGUGCAGAUUUCAAACCUAUCACGUCUAUAGCUGGAGGCUCGAUUGGUCCGAUGAAACCAACGUUCCCAGCAUAUAGUGGUAGCGACAAUAAUGGAGCAGGGAUUGCGAGUAACAGUACAAACGACCAAAAGAUAAACCUCAUUGCAACAACUGGUGCAGCAAGUAAAAUAAUUCACCCGCAAGAGGACCUUAGUCUGGAAGAAAUACGAGCCAGAUUACCAAAAUAUCAGCGAAGGCAUACUGAAGAACUUCGACCUACACAAACAGAAUCAUCACAACAAGCCGCUGCUUUACAGCAACAACACCAGCAGCACCAGCAACACCAACAACAUGUUGCAGCAGCUGCUUCGGCAGCAGCAGCUUACCAGGAUCAACAACAUAGGCAGCAGGCAGCACUCACUGCUCUACAGCAACAACAACAAAGAUUCCAGCGGCCACCUCAAACUGUGAUGGUACCAGCUUCGGCUGCCAUGCCAGUUAGCUCUGUUGCCCUUAUGGCGCCACUCAUGCGUCCUACAAUGACUUUGGCUGCACCCGCUCUCAUUCACGGAGGUAACAUGAUGCGACCGCCCCCCAUGGGCCUGCCUCCAGGGAUGAUAGGUGCCCUACCGCCAGGUGCGAUGCACCCAGCAUUCGCUACUCCCAUGGGAUUUCCAGGAGCGCCUAUGCUCGCCCCGAUGAUGCAUCCUCGCUUCAGAUGAUCGCCCCCGUCGGACGGGCCCAACCCACCUCUGCAUUUCGUGUUGUGGGCCCGCCCGUGAAGGUCGAAUUAUCUUAGAGGAUGAUGAACGACGCCUAAAAUCCACGACGUCCUGAACGCAUCCAAGUCCUGACGUCUGAAUGGAAGCUCGUCGCUCAAAAACAGCUGCAUCAAAAAACCACGUUAACACGAAGUUAGCCAAAAAAUUUGUUUUUUUUAUUAAUUAUUAUGUCAAGAUGUCAGUAUUUGUCGGGAGCCCGUCGAAAGAAAGAGUAACCGCCUUCUGAAUCUGUGCUUGAUAUCACUUGGCCAGAGACAACCACCCUUUGAAUAUGUUAUUAUUUUUCUCAUCCGGUCUUAAUACUCAAAUUUUUCAGGGUUUUUCAGCCCUUAACUUGUCCAUUUAUAUGACCUGUACAGCAUAUCGAAUCAUAAAAUGUGAAGAACAUUAUCGAAACCACGUCAAUUAUAUAAUAUAGAUAAGGUGUAUUGUCACAGCCAAAGCUGUAUUGCAUAGGAAAAAUUUUACACACUUUUCUGCCCAUUUUUCUCUUACGUUAUUCAAAGUUUUACAUAACAAUAAACUUCAAAGAGUAGUUGAUGUAAUAAUCGAGGAUUCCAUGAUAACUUGAUGGAAUGAAAUGCAGGCUCAUCAAUUCGUCUUUGUCUCUCAAGCCAUUAUCACGGAUUUUAGAAAACGUUGUUUCUGCCGUGAAACGGUCUUUUCCCCCUGAUGUUGGUGUUAAUUUAAAAAAUGACCCAUUCCAGGUUAUAGCUGUUACCUAAUGCUCUUUCUCGCGGCGUCUCUCACGGCAUUUCCCACACCAAUGUCCUCUAGGAGAGGCUCCUCGCUAACGUGGAUAUAGGUGGUGCUUCACGCUGCUACCAGAAAAUCAGUUUUCAAAUUUUAUGUUAGACUCACCGGUGUAGUCCACGUAUAAUCUUAUUUAUGAAAGAGUUACAAUUUUAACGAUAUGAAACGAAUUAUAUAUACAUAUACAGUUAGAUAUGUAUAUCUGUAACACUUUACGGGACAAUCUUGUGUUAUCGCAAUCAAAUAGUUGAGAUAGUAGUGAUUAACUAGAAUAAUUAAUUGAUGAAAUUGCCGCUUCCGCGAUUUCGUUGUUAAUAUUUCUAUUGGUUGUGAUCUGGUAUAGGUGAAUAGUUCUCCCCUGCAGUUGAUUAUACAUACGUCAUCAUCCCCUAGUUUUUCUUCAAUCUAACAACAGUUAAAUAUUAAAUUAUGCAAUUUUCGAGGUCGCUUAUCUCUGGGGGCAGCGUGGAGGCUGGGCCGCCUCAGGUUAGUCUGUCGAAAAUUUUAUUUUGUCAUCACUUCGGGUCGAAUCGAAUGAAAUAACAUCACUCAAGCAGUUAUUUGAAAGCUUCGAGACUAUUUAAAUAGCUCUAAAUAAUCGCGGUGCUGUGGUUUGAUUAUUUUUUUUUUUUCCUCAAUCCCCUCCUGUUUUCGUUUUUACUUAUUAUAUUGCGUGAUUAGAAUUUAUCGAUUCGACCUGAAGUCUUUCUUCGGAAGGAACAAGUCGGCGACGAUUGAGUGAGUGGUAAGUACGGAGAGUGUUUCAUUCAAACGUUCGGCUCUCUUCACUCGACUCACGCCGUUUCCCAUUUCCUAUGAUCCAAAUUGCUCGGUUUUUUCAAGCUACGAAGAUUACCCGUUAUAUAUUAUUCACUCUAGCGUCUUGCGACGGACAUGGACUGUAAUCGAAAAUUUAUAGGAUAAUUCUCGUUGAACGUCGCCCGUGAAAUAUCGCAAUUUCGUCUUUCUUCAACUCUCUUUUUUUCUCUUUCUCAAACAAUUAACUGAAAUUACGAAGAAAUAAACUUUUACUACACGGGCUUAGAAUUCGUGGCUUGAAAGAAGGCGAUUUCCUCGAAUAUUACAACUAUUCACAGUGUCUCUUCCUUUUCUCGUGAUACUCAGAAACAGCAUACUGUGACCCGUAUAAACGUGUACGUAUGUAUACACAUUGUUAUCACACUUAUACAUCUAGUGGUUAUGUUCCUCGAUAAAUGAUUGAAACCACCCAUCUCAUGUAUAGAGCUGUAGGGAUUUAGCUUCCUUUUCUUACAUCCAUCCACAUCAAUCAAUAUGAGCAAUAUUUUUCAUUUUUUGUCUGCAAGAUAAUAUAAUGCAUUAUUCAAAUAUAAUCAUCUAGUGUUUCUACCUGUAUAUCAUUCGCUAUAGUAUUUCACAUGAAUAUAUUAUUGCAGUCGAAAGAUAACUUCAUGUACAAUUAGAUUAGUUGUUGCAUUUUUUCUUUUUCACGUUUGAGACGCUUGACUCUCGGCUUGACUAAUGUACAGCGUGCGUUAAAUUUAAGGAUUCAUUAACAAUUGAUCGCUUUGUCAAAAUUUUAUCUGAUUCAAUGUUCUGUGGAUGUUAACCACCCUGCCGUCCUCUCUAGAACAGAUAGCAUAUUGACCUGGUGGCAGGGAAUAGCAAAGGAGAACGCAUAUGAAGAUGAGAAAAAAAUGCCUUAAAGAUUGGUAGUUUCCAUAAAUUGAGAAACAUAACCGGUUACAAACAAAUUUGACAUGUAGAAGUUCUGUUACUUAUUGAGUGUCAUUAUGAAGUGUUUAAAAUAAAGACGUUCUGUGGAAAGCUUGAUUAAUUGGGCUUAGCCAACGAUUCCAGGAAUUUGUGGACACGUUUUGAUUGUUUUUGUUUAUCUAAGGUUUUCUGUUUUGAUCGAAUAACAGUUGUUGAUGCAUAAAAUGCAUUUUUUAUGAAAUUCUAACGGGUAAAUUUCUGGAAUCGGGGACGAUAGUCACAUAUUGUUUCAACCAAUCACAGCCUUAACUGCUGUUGGACCAUUUCGGUUCCUUGCCUCUUGGCAGGCGAUUGUUUGGACCUACCGUCAUUAAAGUCAACGAAUCAUAAACCCCAGUUUUAUGAAUCAUACUAUUAAUUAUCAAGCCAUUCAAAAUUAGCCGGGUAUUGAAAUUUUUCAAUCUAAUGUUCUCUCAAAAAUUUUAUACCCAUUCGCGUGAAAAUAAAAGCCAAAGAUUGCGACGACACGAAAACCAAAACAAAAAAGGAUUAUGCGAAAAGUAAAAUAUAAUUCACAAAAAAACUUAAAAUUACCACGCACUGUACUAUAUGCGUAUAUGCAUUAUGCGGAACAGCGGCAUCCGCGAUGCCAUUUUAUGCGAUUAUAAGUUGUGCAGAAUCAUUGAAUUUCAAUUUCAACUCUUCAAUCAUUCUUAAAAACUUGACAUUGAAAUUUGCCUGCUCCCAUUCAAGGAAUGAGGUAGAAAGCUUCAAAUUAGCAUUCGCAUUAAAAAAGCCGAAAUUUCGCUUGCGGUUUUAUUUGUAAAACUGGAUAAAUUUCAUUUGGCUUGAUUGACGCGUGGCUGGACCGAGAAACAAUAUUAGCAGAAGAAAAAGAAUAUUGAAAAAAUAAUUAAAGAAUGACAACAGAAAAAAAAAAAAAAAAAA